CCCGUUUGCCUCCUGCCUCCUGACCCAAACCAGCUGGACCAGCUCUCCCGGUGCCCGCCUGCAGCCCCCCCCCCCCCCUUCGCGCCAGCCAAGUCACAGUCUCCAGGGCACCUUCAAGCAACCGGGUGGGGGGUCCUGAUCUUGGAGACCCAAACGAAGGUGGGCUUCCGGGCAGAGAUGGCCCUGCAGAGCCAGAUGUGGUCUCCGGCCACACCCACACCCAUGGCCGAGAGCUCCCUCUACCGGCAGCGGCUAGAGGUCAUUGCUGAGAAGCGGCGGCUGCAGGAGGAGAUCCGCGCCGCGCGCCGGGAGCUGGAAGAGGAGAAACUCCGCGUGGAGCGGCUCAAGAGGAAGUCUCUCCGGGAGCGUUGGCUCAUGGACGGGGCAGCUGAGGAGCCGGAGCAGCAGGAGGACUCCACCUCUAAAGACCCCCAGUCACCUGAGGGCCAGGCUCAGGCCCGAAUCCGCAACUUGGAAGACAGCUUGUUCACACUCCAAUCCCAGCUGCAGCUGUUGCAAAGUGCAUCCACAGGUGCCCAGCACAAGUCCCCCGGCAGGCCCACCUGGCGCAGACAGGGUCAUCGACCUCUCUCCCAGCCUACCGUGGAGGCAGGUCCCACAGGCCACACUGAUCUGAGCAGGAGAGCCUCCCUCCCAGCUGGACCAGUGGACACCUCCCCAGAGUCCCCCUCUCAGCCCAGAGAUGAGGCUGUCAGGGUUCCACCCACCCUGAGGCUGUUCCCUGGGGCAGCAGGGGCCUCCUCAGAAGCCAACGGCCCCUGCCCUGGACCCAGCCCCGCUGCAGAACAGGGGCCGAGUCAGGGGCUGGCAGCAUCUGAGGGGGGCGUGGGUGAGGCCAAAGGAGGGGGCGUGGUGGAGGUGGUAUGGGAGGGGCUGAGGGCCACAGAGGACUGUGCCACGGAGGCCACGGGCCCAGAGCUGGAGGCUAAGGUGGAGGAAAUGGUGCUGGAGGCCAUUGGGGACAGGCAGGAAGCUGCCUGCCCAGAGCCCCCGUCCUGGGUGAAGGAGGACAGGGGCAUCGUGGAGGUGGUCUGGGAGGGGGUGGGAGGGCCGGAGAGCAGCGACUCCGAGGCCACAGGGGACGGGGGCAGGGGCCAGAAGGCCGCGCAGACCAGCUCCCCGAGGCUCCAGGUGAGGCUAGAGGGAGCAGCUCCUGGAGAAGGCGGCGUCCCCAGGGGCAGCUCUGACGGUGAUGGGCCAGGGGGCUCUGGAGGAGAGGAGGGGUCCUUCAUUUGGGUGGAGAGGGUGACCCUCAGCGAAGAGUGGGAGGAGCUGGGGGAGGAAUUGGUCGUGGAGGGGUUGGAAGGGCCAAGGGCACCGGGAAGCGGGGGAGGGCCUGAGAGUCCGCUGGGGGUGGAGAGGGGGGCAGGGGAGGACGCCUGGGGGGCGGGAAGGAGCCAAGCAGAGGAACGGGUGGAAUCAGUGGGCGAAGGAAAGAAGGGGACUGAGGAAGAGGCAGGGGCAGACGUGUCUCUGGUGGGGGAGAGGGGGGGAAGCGAGGGCUCUUUGGAGCCAGAGAGGGGAGGAGGGGAGGAAAAGCUGAGGCCAGAGAGGAAAGCAGUUGAGGAACCACCGUCAGCCGCAAGAAAGGCAGUUGAGGGACCUUUGAGGGCAGAGAGGGAAAGAGGUGAGGGGCCAUUGCGAGUAGAGCAGAAAGAAGAUGAAGAAAAAGUAGAGGCGACUGAAGAACCAUUGGUGACAGAGGGAAAGGAAGGCGAGAAAUCACUGGGGGCAGAGAAAGGAGGAGGUGAGGCGCCUUCGGAGGCAGAGAGAAUAGGAGGUGAGGCACUAUUGGGAGCUGAGAAAGGAGGUGAGGCGCCAUCGGAAGCAGAGAGAGGAGGGGAGGCGUCACUGAAGGCAGAGAAGACUGACGUGGUUGAAGAACAUCUGAGUCCAGAAGAGCAGAGAGAGUCCGGAGGAGGAAAGGAAUGUCAGGCAGAGGAGGUGAGUGAGGCAGGGGCUUCCUUGGGGGCCAAGGAAGAGUCAAGACCGGAAGAGGAAGGACCACAGCCCCAGGAGAAGCAGGAAGGCUCCCUGGAGGAAGAAUCUGUAAGGCCCCAAACCCCUGCUGAGGGCCAGGGCCCCUCAGGAGACGCCACCACCCCCCUCCUGGCAGAGACCCCAGCUCCAGAGCAGCCUGCCGAGUGCCAGCCACUGCUUCAGGUGGAAGGGCCCAGGGCCAACCCUAGUGCCCGCCCCGUGCCCACCUAUGCACCUGCCCGGCAGCCCGAGCCACCUGCCCCUCCCGAGGGUGAAGAGGCAAGUGGCCCUAAGCAAAAGACGUGCCAGUGUUGUGUGGUCAUGUGAGCCCACACCCUCCACCCCACGCCCGGCUCCUCUCACAGCUACCUCGGCCUCUUGGCAUCCAGCAGCGGGUCCCGGGCACAGACAGGGCACCACAGGACCGGCUGUGGCACCUGGGAGCCAGCUGGCCCGCUCGUCCACCUCCACCUGGGCUUCCGGACCCCUCGCCCACUGCCUGUGACCCCGGCUCCCUUCUACGACAAAGCCUUUAUACUUGAAAAUAAAAACGUUAAAGCAUUCGGA